CAACACAUCUCAUCCACAACAAGUUCACUUAAAAAUCAAUAUCAAUCCCAAUUUGCAAACAGUUUGUGUUUCUUUGAUUCUCGAUUCGAAAAUGGCGCAAUACCAGAGCGAAUACCCCACAGAGUCUCUCACAGACGAGUACGGCAACCCCGUUACCCGCACUGCCAAGUCUGGCAACCCGAUUCACCAAGGCGUGACCGGAGCAAACACCGGAACCGGCUACGGAACUCACGGCACCGGUACUGCACCCACUGGUUUCGGUGGGGCAGCUCCUGGUGGUCACGGCGUCACUACUCUUCCGCGUUCCGGCAGCUCCAGCUCCUCUGAGGAUGAUGGUUGCGGUGGAAGGAGGAAGAAGAAGGGUUUGAAUGAGAAGAUCAAGGAGAAGCUGCCAGGUGGCACACGCCGCUCGGAUGACCCCUACGGUACAACCCCGACUACCACACCUUAUGGUGGACAGCACCAGGAUAGGGGAGUGGUGGACCAGAUGAAAGAGAAGCUAUCAGGUGGUCGCAAGGACGAUCCCUACAGUACUACUCAUAGCACUACUACACCGGGUUACGGCUUGGCCGGAGAGCACCGUGAGAAUAAGGGAGUGGUGGACCAGAUGAAGGAGAAGCUACCGGGCGGUCGCAAGGACGAUCCCUACAGUACUACUACACCGGGUUACGGUGUGGCCGGAGAGCACCGUGAGAAUCAGGGAGAGCACCGUGAGAAUAAGGGAGUGGUGGACCAGAUGAAAGAGAAGCUACCGGGCGGUCGCAAGGACGAUCCCUACAGUACUACUCAUAGCACUACUACACCGGGUUACGGUGUGGCCGGAGAGCACCGUGAGAAUCAGGGAGAGCACCGUGAGAAUAAGGGAGUGGUGGACCAGAUGAAAGAGAAGCUACCGGGCGGUCGCAAGGACGAUCCCUACAGUACUACUCAUAGCACUACUACACCGGGUUACGGUGUGGCCGGAGAGCACCGUGAGAAUCAGGGAGAGCACCGUGAGAAUAAGGGAGUGGUGGACCAGAUGAAAGAGAAGCUACCGGGUGGUCGCAAGGAAGAUCCCUACAGUACUACUCAUAGCACUACUACACCGGGUUACGGCGUGGCCGGAGAGCACCGUGAGAAUAAGGGAGAGCACCGUGAGAAUAAGGGCAUGGCUGACAAGAUCAAGGAGAAUCUACCAUGUGGUCAGGGUGGUCGCAAGGAUGAUCCCUACCGUACUAAUCACAGUACCACGACUGCUGCACCGCCUUACAGUGCUGCAACAGGGGAGCACCGAGGGGAGCACCGUGCUGCAACAGGGGAGCACCAUGCAACAGGGGAGCACAAUGAGAAGAAGGGAAUGAUGGACAAGAUCAAGGAGAAGCUUCCCGGUGGACACAGCACCACUCGAUGAACUGAUUAGUUUGUAAUUAACGGCUGUGGAUCAAUGCUCGUUUGUAAUUUGAAGCUGAUACGCACAGUUAGGGUUCAUAAGCGUAUUUACGCCGGGUUGUAAUUGCAGACGAGUGUAUAGCAGCUAGUGUGGUUUGUAUAAUAAAGCUCACCAUGCAUGUACGUGUAUGUGGGUUCGCACUGUGUCCGUUUGUUGUAUUUAUGUAAUAUAUCUAUCUUAAUUUCUUUA